AUGUCACGACUUCUACGGCAACCCGCGCAGCUGGCGCGCCUCGCACGGCUAUCGAAACCCCAGCAGUUGACACGAAAGCUGCAGCCCUCGAUCCUCUCACGGUCAAUAGCGCCCAGCCCAUCGGCCAUCCGCUGCAUCACACCUUGGCGCCCGUACUCGACGAACAACAAUCCAGAGCCCAAAGACAAGGCCAAGAAGGACGACGGGAAUCAGAACAAGGCCCCCAAGGAGGAAGCGAAGAAGGAUGAAGAGGAGCGGUCAUUGCCUCUGCCUGAGGGCUGGGUGUACCUCUCCAAACCGCAAAUGGAGGCGUUUGUUCGCCAUCUCAGCAACGGCCCGCCGGCGUACACCGAGCAGAUGAAGAUGGUUCUGCAUAUCGUGGAGAAGUCGGGUGUGCCAAAGGAGGCCGUUGAUGUCAUCCAGAAACUACGGACGAAUGGCAAGCUGUCUAUCAUCGACAAGGGCCGACUGAUGCGCUACUCGGUCCAGAUCGCUUCACGAGCCGCCGAGAUUGAUGCGCAGACCGAGGAGGAGAACAAGACAUCGGAGGGCAAGGAGGGGUCAGCCCAACAAAGCAAGUCGGACGCCGAUUCGCAACAGCAGGCGAAGCGCCCAGGGAAACCAGGACAGCCCGGCUCGCCAUUUGGUGGUGGCGGCGGCGGAUGGGGUGACAGUCUGCAGUCCAUCAUGCUGCUCCUCCUCAUCAUGUUCGGCUACGAUUUCCUGUUCAACCGCAGCGUCAGCAAGGAGAUUACAUGGCAAGAGGCCAGGGUCAACUAUCUGGACAAAGGCUUGGUCACCAAGAUGGUUGUAGAAGACGACAGCAGGGUCCUGCUGCAACUGGUGCCCGAAGCCCAGGCCGGGCAGCCCCAGCUCGCCUUCUCCAUCGGCUCGAUCAAGUCGUUUGAGCGUCAACUGGAGCAGGCGCAGGAUGCCCUUGACAUCCCCCCCAACGAACGCAUCCCUGUCAGCUACGAGAAGGGUGGCAGCACGCUGGGCAACCUAUUCUUGGCGUUCGGCCCGACCCUUCUGUUUGUCGGUAUCAUUAUCUGGACAUCGAGGAACAUGGCUGGACGAGGUGGCGGCGGCGGCAUCAUGGGGUUCAGCAAGAGCAAGGCCAAGCGCUUCAAUGCCGAGAGCUCCGUCAGCGUCAAGUUUGCCGAUGUCGCUGGUUUGGAGGAGGCCAAGGUGGAAAUCACCGAGUUUGUCAGCUUCCUGAAGAACCCUCAAAAGUUUGAGAAGCUCGGUGCCAAGAUCCCACGGGGCGCUAUCUUGGCCGGCCCUCCCGGUACGGGUAAAACGCUGCUGGCCAAGGCUACUGCUGGCGAGUCUGGCGUGCCGUUCUUCAGUGUCAGCGGCUCGGAGUUUGUCGAGAUGUUUGUUGGUGUUGGUGCUUCGCGUGUCCGCGACCUUUUUGCCGAAGGUCGCAAGAACGCGCCCUGCAUCAUCUUCAUUGACGAGAUUGAUGCUAUCGGUCGCUCUCGUCAAGAAGGCAAGGGAGGUUUCGGUGGCAAUGACGAGCGCGAGGCUACGCUCAACCAGAUCCUGACGGAGAUGGACGGAUUCAACACUCGCGAGCAGGUCGUUGUGCUUGCCGGCACGAACCGAGCCGACGUCCUUGACAAGGCGCUGAUGCGUCCUGGUCGUUUUGACAGGCACAUCUACAUUGACCGCCCGACACUCAAGGGCCGCAAGGAGAUCUUUGCCGUAUACCUGAAGAAGAUUGUGACCAACGAGGACACGGAGCAUCUCAUUGGUCGCUUGGCGACGUUGACUCCUGGCUUCGCCGGUGCCGACAUUGCCAACGUCGUCAACGAGGCCGCGCUGAUUGCUGCCCGAGCCAACGCCGACGAGGUCAAGAUGAUGCACUUUGAGCAGGCUAUCGAGCGAGUCAUUGGUGGCCUUGAGCGCAAGUCGCUGGUGCUCAAGCCCGAGGAGAAGAAGACUGUUGCAUACCACGAAGCCGGACACGCCAUCUGCGGUUGGUUCUUGGAGCAUGCUGAUCCCCUGCUAAAGGUGUCUAUCAUUCCUCGAGGGCAGGGUGCUCUGGGUUAUGCCCAGUACCUGCCCCAGGAUGCCUAUCUCAUGAACACCAACCAGCUGAUGGACCGCAUGGCCAUGACUAUGGGAGGUCGCGUAUCGGAAGAGCUUCAUUUCCCGACUGUCACGACCGGAGCGAGCGACGACUUCAAGAAGGUGUCUCAGAUGGCACGCAAGAUGGUCAUGGACUGGGGCAUGUCCGAGAAGGUGGGCCCUGUUCACUUUGAGGACAACCCCAACGCCGUGACCAAGAGUCACUCGGAGGCUACUUCACUCCAGAUCGACGGCGAGGUCGAGCGCAUCGUCCGCGAGGCCUACCAGCGGUGCAAGGACCUCCUGACGGAGAAGCAGAAGGAAGUGGGACUCGUGGCCGAGGAGCUCCUGAAGAAGGAGAUGCUCGUGCGAGACGACAUGGUCCGACUGCUGGGCAAGAGGCAGUUUGGCGACAACAACGAGGAGUUUGAGAAGUACUUUGGCGGCGGUCAGGGCGCCAACCCGGUCGACACGGACAACCCCGACCAACCUACACCGGCCCCUGCCUUCACAACACUACCCACCGAGGAGUCGAGAAGGUGA